GCGGGUGCGUCGAGCUCGCCGCGAACCCAAGAUGGCGGUGUGUGGACGUGUACGGAGGAUGUUCCGCUUGUCGGCGGCGCUGCAGCUGCUGCUGCUAGCGGCAGCGGGGGCCCAGAACAGUCACGGUCAGGUUCUGGGGUCCAACUUACUGCCCCUCGGAGGACAAGCUGGAGACGGCAGCCAUGCGGGGCAGCAGCAGCCUCACCUGCCUCAGCUAUCGCAGCAGCAGCAGCAGCCCCAGCAGCAGCAGCUUCCUCUCCAGGCGGGCGGGCCCCCGGUCCGGCGGGGCGGAGCGGGUCCCGGUGGGACCGGCGGAGGCUGGAAGCUGGCGGAGGAAGAGUCCUGCAGGGAGGACGUGACCCGGGUGUGCCCCAAGCACACCUGGAGCAACAACCUGGCGGUGCUCGAGUGCCUCCAGGACGUGAGGGAGCCUGAGAAUGAAAUUUCUUCAGACUGCAAUCAUUUAUUGUGGAAUUACAAGCUGAACCUGACUACUGAUCCCAAAUUUGAAUCUGUGGCUCGAGAGGUUUGCAAGUCAACUAUUUCAGAGAUUAAAGAAUGUGCUGAAGAACCAGUUGGAAAAGGUUACAUGGUUUCCUGCUUGGUGGAUCACCGAGGCAACAUCACUGAAUAUCAGUGUCAUCAGUACAUUACCAAAAUGACAGCCAUCAUUUUCAGUGAUUACCGUUUGAUCUGUGGCUUCAUGGAUGACUGCAAAAAUGACAUCAACAUUUUGAAAUGUGGCAGCAUCCGUCUUGGUGAAAAGGAUGCACAUUCACAAGGUGAGGUAGUAUCAUGUUUGGAAAAAGGCCUGGUGAAAGAAGCAGAAGAAAAAGAGCCCAAGAUUCAAGUCUCUGAACUCUGCAAGAAAGCCAUCCUUCGGGUGGCUGAGCUGUCCUCCGAUGACUUUCAUCUAGACCGACAUUUGUAUUUUGCCUGCCGAGAUGAUCGGGAACGCUUUUGUGAGAACACACAAGCUGGCGAAGGAAGAGUGUAUAAAUGCCUUUUUAACCAUAAAUUUGAAGACUCUAUGAGUGAAAAGUGUAGAGAAGCACUAACUACACGCCAAAAGCUUAUUGCCCAGGAUUAUAAAGUCAGUUAUUCAUUGGCCAAAUCCUGUAAGAGUGACUUGAAAAAAUAUCGGUGCAAUGUGGAAAACCUUCCUCGGUCCCGGGAAGCCAGACUCUCUUACCUUCUGAUGUGCCUGGAGUCGGCUGUGCACAGAGGGCGGCAGGUGAGCAGUGAGUGUCAGGGGGAGAUGCUGGACUACCGACGCAUGCUGAUGGAAGACUUCUCUCUGAGCCCCGAGAUCAUCCUGAGCUGUCGUGGGGAGAUUGAACAUCACUGCUCUGGAUUACAUAGGAAAGGCCGAACCCUCCACUGUCUGAUGAAAGUAGUUCGGGGUGAAAAGGGGAACCUUGGAAUGAACUGCCAGCAGGCGCUUCAGACACUGAUUCAGGAGACUGACCCUGGCGCAGAUUACCGCAUUGAUCGAGCCUUGAAUGAAGCUUGUGAAUCUGUAAUACAGACAGCCUGCAAACAUAUACGAUCCGGAGACCCAAUGAUUCUUUCAUGUCUGAUGGAGCAUUUAUACACAGAGAAAAUGGUAGAAGACUGUGAACACCGUCUCUUAGAGCUGCAGUAUUUUAUCUCUCGGGAUUGGAAAUUGGACCCUGUUUUAUACCGAAAAUGCCAGGGAGAUGCUUCUCGUCUUUGCCAUACCCAUGGUUGGAAUGAGACCAGUGAACUGAUGCCUCCUGGAGCUGUGUUUUCUUGCUUAUAUAGACACGCCUACCGCACAGAAGAGCAAGGAAGGCGGCUUUCACGAGAAUGCCGAGCCGAAGUCCAAAGGAUCCUACACCAGCGUGCCAUGGAUGUUAAGCUGGACCCUGCCCUUCAGGACAAGUGCCUGAUAGAUCUUGGGAAAUGGUGUAGCGAGAAAACAGAGACUGGGCAGGAGCUUGAGUGCCUCCAGGAUCAUCUGGAUGACUUAGCUGUGGAGUGCAGAGACAUAGUGGGCAACCUCACCGAGUUAGAGUCCGAGGAUAUCCAAAUAGAAGCUUUGCUGAUGAGAGCCUGUGAGCCUAUAAUUCAGAACUUUUGCCAUGAUGUUGCGGACAACCAAAUAGAUUCUGGGGACCUGAUGGAGUGUCUGAUACAGAACAAACACCAGAAGGACAUGAAUGAGAAGUGUGCCAUUGGAGUCACUCACUUCCAGCUGGUACAGAUGAAGGAUUUUCGAUUCUCUUACAAGUUCAAAAUGGCCUGCAAGGAGGAUGUGUUAAAACUUUGUCCCAACAUAAAAAAGAAGGUGGAUGUUGUGAUCUGCCUGAGCACCACGGUACGCAACGACACUCUGCAGGAAGCCAAGGAGCACCGGGUGUCGCUGAAGUGCCGCAAGCAGCUCCGUGUGGAGGAGCUGGAAAUGACGGAGGACAUCCGUUUGGAGCCAGAUCUGUACGAAGCCUGCAAGAGUGACAUCAAGAACUACUGUUCUGCAGUGCAAUAUGGAAAUGCUCAGAUUAUUGAAUGUCUAAAAGAAAACAAGAAGCAGUUGAGUACCCGUUGCCACCAGAAAGUAUUUAAGCUACAGGAAACAGAGAUGAUGGACCCAGAACUAGACUAUACACUCAUGCGAGUCUGCAAGCAAAUGAUUAAGCGGUUCUGUCCAGAAGCAGAUUCUAAAACUAUGUUGCAGUGUUUAAAGCAAAAUAAAAACAGUGAAUUGAUGGAUCCCAAGUGCAAACAGAUGAUAACCAAGCGUCAGAUUACCCAGAACACAGAUUACCGCUUAAACCCUGUACUGAGGAAAGCCUGUAAGGCUGACAUACCUAAAUUCUGUCAUGGUAUCCUGACCAAGGCCAAGGAUGAUUCGGAGCUAGAAGGCCAAGUCAUCUCAUGCCUCAAGCUGAGAUAUGCUGACCAGCGCCUGUCUUCAGACUGUGAGGACCAGAUCCGCAUCAUCAUCCAGGAGUCCGCUCUAGAUUACCGCCUGGACCCUCAGCUCCAGCUGCACUGCUCAGACGAGAUUGCCAACCUGUGUGCUGAAGAAGCAGCAGCUCAGGAGCAGACAGGCCAAGUGGAAGAGUGCCUCAAGGUCAACCUGCUCAAGAUCAAGACCGAACUGUGUAAAAAGGAAGUGUUAAACAUGUUGAAGGAAAGCAAAGCAGACAUCUUUGUGGACCCAGUUCUUCACACAGCAUGUGCCUUGGAUAUUAAACACCACUGUGCAGCCAUCACCCCUGGCCGUGGGCGUCAGAUGUCCUGCCUGAUGGAGGCUUUGGAAGAUAAGCGAGUGAGGUUACAGCCAGAGUGCAAAAAGCGCCUGAAUGACCGAAUUGAAAUGUGGAGUUACGCAGCUAAGGUGGCCCCAGCAGAUGGCUUCUCUGACCUUGCCAUGCAAGUGAUGACAUCCCCCUCGAAGAACUACAUCCUGUCUGUGAUCAGCGGGAGCAUCUGCAUAUUGUUCCUGAUUGGCCUGAUGUGUGGACGGAUCACUAAGCGUGUGACACGAGAGCUCAAGGACAGGUAGAGCCGCCUGACCACCAAAGGAACUACCUGCCCAGGGCCCACUUUGUACAGCUUCCUGUAUAGUGCACCCUCUCACCUCGCCCUUCUCAAAGGUGGCACCGACACCCACAGUAGAGCAGCAUCGGGUGCCCACUGCAUCGUCCCAUCCAGACUUGGCCACGUCCUCAGUGUCCUCCGCCCAGCUGCCCUUGCAGCAUCGGCAGCUGGCUGCUUUGGUGGUAGCCUUUGUUGGCAAAGAGUUUACCUGCCUGUAGACAAUUCUGUCAUACCAACAGAACUGCCGGUACUUCCAGAACUGACUCACCUGACCUGCAACUCAGUUUUUUUAAAAACGAAACAAAAACAAAAGACAAAAAAAAAAUUUAAAGACAGGAAAAAGUGUAUAUAGCAGCACAUCUCCUUCAGUCUUGACUCCGUAGGGCUCUUUCUUUCAUGUAAAUGCAGCAGGUGGCAGCAGGACUUGGAGGAGAUGCACGUACCCAGUGCCUGAUCACUGAAAUGUCGGCCUCUCCUAGAAGCGACUUUGCCCACAUCAAGGCAGGGGACUUCAGCAAGUAGUGGGGACACUAAGCCUGCCCUGGGACCUGUUUGCUUCUACCGCAGUGUGAUGCCUUCCAUUUCCUACCCCAGAUAAGCCACUGCUAUGCACAGUCCCAUAGCAACAGGCAUUUCUGUGAGCUCCACUUCAGUGCAGCGUGAACUUCCCUGGGUCAGUGGCAAGUGGACUAGGGAGGGAGCAGCAGUCUGUAAGCAGGACCGAGUCCGCAGCCAGCAGGGUCCCAGCAGCAUCCUCCCCCAAGGUGGGAUGGAGAGGCCUCAACUCUAUGGACCCUGCUGGGGUACGUAACCUUUCGUGGAGUUGCCCUGGAAGUAGUUACUACGCUGGGGUGUGGGACUUCCAAGAUGAGUGUGAGGGUGGCAGGGCAGGGAGUAACAGUGUUGGACACUUUGUUCUGAGCAGCAGUAGAGGCCAGAAGGGAUGGCUUCUACAGAUUUAGCAUGUCUUGGGUGUGUGCAUGGCAGCGGAGCCUGACUUUUUGUGCACACCAGGCAGACUUCCCCGACAAGCUCCUUUGUGCCUCUAAAUGAAGGGAUGUGGAAAGUGAUUACAUUAAAAGAUGGAGGAUUUUCUGGUUUUGUUUUAGCUUUCUGUUAAUUUGCAGUGUGUUCCUACUCCAGUAGGCACUGGCUAAAUGUUAUAUUUUGGUAUUUGUCAACCUUCCAUAAUCUGAGCUUUACAGGAGCAGGAUUCCCAGCCACCUUCCCUCACUCCUCCAGUGUGAAGGUGACAGGGCUGGGGCACCAGAGGGAGGAACCCAAGCAUUGAAGCUCAUCUUUGGUGAGUUUGGGCCAUGGCGGUCACAGUGGCUGUACAGAAGGGUGGCAUGUACAGUAGGAGAUAUAUUUAUAUAAUAUAUAUUUUAUUAACCUGUUAGACGUCCACAAAGUAUUAUGAAUCAUGUGCCUAAAACUGCCCACACAGACCCAGGCCCCUUUGCGGUGCCUGCCUGCUCCUGCCUCCCGCGGCACCUGCAGGUGCUGCUGCGCCUGAGCCGUGUGUGUCUUCCCUAAGCCGUGUCUGUUGUGGAUCGAUUGCUCCAACUUACUCCGUGUCUAACCUGACUGACAUUCAUUUGAAUACUGUGGUUUUCUUUUCUGUUGCCUUUUGGUGGCAGUGAAUUCCAGGGCCAGCUACAUGUCCCCUGCGUAGGGUAAUAGAAGUCACCAGGGGGAGCUGCUUGCUAAGCUACCUGGUCCCCUCAAUACUGACUCCCUGAUUCUCAGCAGCUGUCCUGGGAUUCUUGAGUUUGAGGAGACUUAAAAGCCCUGCUCUGAAAACAGCACCUCCACUACUAACUGGCUGAGCCAGUCCAAAGGUCCCUCCCUCCCCAGGAGUCUCAGUGUUACACUGGGGCAGUAACCAUUGUUGAAGGCAGCCCCCUGACAUCUCUGUGGAUCAGGGUCACAUUGAUGUCACCAUUAGACUAGAGUAGGAUCAUUGCUCUGAUCCCUGUAGUCUCCCUUCUGAUGUGUGCUUCUAACAUGUCUCUGGUACAUCUAUUUCUACACUGAUAGGAAGCCUCACUGCCUGCAGCAGAAUUGGAGGUUUGAUGAGUUUGUUUCUUAAAAUGUAUGUCAUUGGAAAUGGUUAGAAUAGAAAAGGUAGCUACCAGUGACUUGAAUUGCUUAGUACAAGGAAGUGUUCGUCUUCCUCGGAGUAGUUCUGACUGGCUCUUGAUGGUCCAAAGCCUGGUCUUGAGCGACUUUUUCUAGGCUAUGUUUAGGGGAUCCAGAGCUGUCUAUUCUGUAGCUCAUUGGACAUAAUGGAGUGGGCUCUUGGUCCUCAUGAGUCAAUUAUGGGUACAAAUUAAAUUGACAUGAACUCGUCAAGAACCCUGACCCUACUACACUGGGAGCCAAAGUCUGAGCCUUUCUUUCCACUGUCCUGUUUUCAUUACUUAAGAAUAGAAAUAGUUAGGAGGGUUUAAGCCAAGGCUUCAGGCACUGCUAGGUCACUGUAGUCUAGCUUUGCCAGUUGAUUUCAGUGUCUUGGGGUACACUUUCCAUUGCUGCUUCAAAAAAUUAGAGCCUCUGUGGACUGUGAGGUCAGAGAUCUGGAUAGUGAGCCAAGAGCCAGAAAAACUAAUUUUUUUUUUUUUUUUUUUUUUUUUCUGAUGGGGCUUCAUCCACUGAAGGGACCCUCCAGGAGCAAGACAUUUCUUUUACCAAGUCCCUGGACUUGACUGUUGCUGUUGCUAGGAAUGUGCGGGCAGUCUGACCCUGGGAAAGCUUAUCCUCUGCCUUCCAGAGAACAUCUGGCUACCGUUUCCAGGCCUGGUUCUGUGGAUCAAGUCAGCUUGCUGAGCCAGCGCAUCCUUAGUAGGUAGGGGCACUCCAGGGCUACAGGUGCAGUGGCAUUUAGUGAUCACAUGGUAACAGAGCCUGUUGCCGGUACCUUGGCUGCACCUCCUGCUCUUUGGAUAGGAGCAUCCAUGCCAGCAAGGGACCAGAAAAAUGUGAGGAACAUUCUACUGUCCCGGAUGAGUUGGCAGAAAAUUAUCCAACUUUAUCGUGUCUUCCUGUUUCCUGAAAUCAACUGAUGGAGGGUGCCCUGCUUAUCAGACACAGUAACAUGGGGUUACGAGAUUAGUAACCCCCUUCCUAAGAGAGCAUCUACUCUAGUCUAUCAGUUACUUCCAGAACUCCACGUCCUCAGAGGCUAUGGUACCAUUUCUGGGUUUUCUGAAAAGAAACCUUCCUUCCCAUUCUUUCCCUCUGUCCCAAAACAACAAGCUUUCUCCACCUGCCCCAGGCUCAGCCAGCCCAGCCUGACACCUACAGCCUAAGUCGGGACCAGAGACCCGAAAGAAGGUGAUGGCUUUUUAAUCACACGCCUUUUGGAAGUUUGUGCUUCAGAUUCUCAUGAGUUUGAAAGCUCAGAAUGCCCUUCUGGGUUUCUUACCAUUUGGGCACACUUAGUAGUUUUGUAGAAUAUGACCCUCAGAGCCCAGGUCUCCUAACCAUCUCUGCCCCACUUGGCUUCGGUUCCCAAAGGGCUGUACCUGAUGCUCUGGCCUCCCAUUCGCUCCAUGUAGCUUUGGUUUGCCAUCUGUGCACACUUGGUCUCUCCACUAGGGAGGGCCAGGAUCACCUGUUAAGUUAAUCAAGUCUAAAGCCAAAUUUCCCUUCCUGCUACCCAGACCUCAGCUAACAGUGAGUUGUAAGCAACCAAGAUUAAGCCUCAGGGUGACACACUCCCCUGAGCAGACAGUAAGACUGCAGUGGGGGCUCAGGGACUGCUUGUCACCCAGAACACAAAGAUACAGUUGUCUGUGCAAACAGGUUGUGACAGGAUCCUGACAGGGGUCUUCUGAUGUCGUUACUCCCUACCUGGACACUGAGCACCAGGCACGGAGAGCUUCCUAGGUGAGGAGGCAUGCACGCCAUGCCUCUAGGUCAUGUUUCACUUUUUCCAACACAAAAACUAACAUGAGAACCUCAGAGCAUGGGGCCCUUUGUUAGAACAGGUCCCAGAUCACUUAGCAGCACAAUGAGUGGCAGUGGGUGUCCUGAUGGCUACUCCCAGCAAGCAGGUCAGUCCCCGCAGAAAGGCGGAGUGUACUGCAAGCGCUGUGCAAGAUUGUGGGCCUCUAGCCUGGUUUUGCUCUUCAUUUUUGUUUUGUUCUUUGAAAGAAAGAAAAGUACAAUUAACAAGACUCUUUUGUAAAUGGAUUUCCUUUCUAUGUAUAAAAUCCCUGCAGUUCCUUGUUUUUACAUGUUGAUGCUGUGUAAUUUUGAGAUGUUACUGGGACUCUGAACAUAAUGUGCAUUUUUUUCUGUACAGAUGAAAUGGGAGAAUUUAAUAAAGAGUGUGCAGGUUUGUA